AUGUAUUCCUUAGCUCAGAGAGCCAAUUCCGUCUUUGCGUUCUCGCUGACUGUUAUAUUUGUACUCCUUGGCGCAGUUGCUAUUAUAACACCUUUCCUUCCUUUCAAUCCUACAACCGAGGUGCAUGUUAGAGACAUAGCAGUAUGGACAUAUGAUUAUGGUGGAAGCAUAAGCGAGAUUGCUUUUGUUACCAUGGACUUGGAGGCUGAUUUGACGUCCCUAUUUAAUUGGAACACCAAGCAGCUCUAUGUCUCAAUCGUUGCUGAAUAUGAAUCUGAUACAUAUAAUGUGAAUCAGAUAAUCCUCUGGGAUGACAUUAUUAGAUCAAAAAGAGACGCUAGGAUAGUUUUACAUCAGCUCAAGAACAAGUAUAUAUUUAAUGACAUUAAUCCAAGUUUCAGAGAGAUCAAUGCAACAUAUGCAUUGCACUGGGACGCGAUGCCUUAUGCUGGAUUACUACAAUCUGGGCGAUCCAAAUCUAUCAAACGUGUAAAGUUCCCAAAGCCAGAAAAUAUGGCUUCAUGA